GGCCGCCGCCGCAGCCGCAGGAGCCGUCGCCGCCUCUGCUCCAAGCCACCGCCCGCCAGAGAGGCGUCAUGGGCUUCUGGAAGUUCUCCCACUUCCUGGCUCUCAGCAUCUUGGUCCUGUACCAGGCCGGCAGCCUCCAGGCAGCGCCAUUCAGGUCUGCUUUGGAGAGUAGCCCAGACCCGGCCACACUCAGUGAGGAGGAAGCGCGCCUCCUGCUGGCUGCACUGAUGCAGGACUAUGUGCAGAUGAAGGCCAGUGAGCUGGAGCUGGAGCAGGAGCUGGAACAGGAGCAGGAGACAGAGGGCUCCAGCCUGGACAGCCCCAGAUCUAAGCGCUGCAGUAAUCUGAGUACCUGCAUGCUGGGCACAUAUACGCAGGACCUCAGCAAGUUUCACACCUUCCCCCAAACUGCAAUUGGGGUUGGAGCACCUGGCAAGAAAAGGGAUAUGGAAAGCGACUUGGAGAGAGACCAUCAACGUCAUGUCAGCAUGCCCCAGGAUGCCAACUAAACUUUUCCCUCUCCUUUCUAAUUUCCUCUCUUGCUUCCUUCCUAUAACUUGAUGCAUGUGGUUCCUCUCUGGUUGCUCUUCGGGCUGGUAUCAGUGGCUUUCCUUGUGGCAGAGAAUGUCUGGAGCCUCAGAUGGGAGGAGAGAGAGCAGGAUUCACAGGCUGGAAGAGAAUCAUCCAGGAAGAAGUCAGAGAGUGAGGGCAGCCCUGAGUUCCCCCCAGGAUUCCAUAGCAGAGCUUCUCCAUCCUGCUUAUGAAUGUGCUAGUAAUUGGGGGAAUAAAACUAUUUUUC